AUGCGCCGGCCACGCUGCCCCGCGCCGCUUCUCCCGCUGGCGGCGCUCCUGCUGCUGCUGGCGAUGCACUGCGCCGGCGGGUGCCUCGCCGCCGCCCCCGCCCUCAACCACCGCUGCAACUUCGACGAGGCGAUGCGGAAGAGCGGCCCGCUGCCGACGGCGGUGGUGCGUGAGGUGCCGCGCAGGGGAGAGGGCGCGGCGCAGGCGUACACCGCCGCUGCCGCCACCGCAGGAGGAGGAAAGAGCAACGAGGGGUGGGCGCCGAUCCGCAUCGUGGUGUCCACGGAGGACCUGAAGAACUCAAGCAAGUACUGCACUGCAGUGCAGAGUAUAAACCCAGCUUUAUGGGGCAAGCGGGGAAAUGCCACAUCUCUUUUAUCAUGA